AUGUCGUCGAGGCAACAUUCUGCCCUCCGUCUCCCGUCCUAUAGAUCUCUUCACUCCCUCCGCUAUCAUCCUUAUCCUCGCCUCAGUGUACGGAGAGCUCGGAACUCACAUACUGAGAUCGUUAUGGAGCACGAAUUUCCUUCCCAAGGACGACUCUAUCUCCUUUCCCUCGUUGACGUGCUCGAGGAUAGGUCGAGUGUGGUCGCUCUGGGUUUCGUGGUCGCUGGCAUGGGGGCAUCGAUUACAGAGGAACACCGCAGGACAUGGUCUUUGGAACAUAUGGUUAUCGAAUUUGCGUUCGCAAGACAGAGACAGAGGGUGACCGUUUCUCGGCUGCUCAUCUGCGUCGAGUCGUUUGUGAUUGAUUUGCUUGCUCAGUCCUGUUUGCAACGAAAUCGGUCGCGACAAUGGCGCGUGCGCACGAUGAUUGGAGCUUCGGCUGACAUGCAGACGGGAUACACUUACCAUGCGCUUCGCAUUCUUCACCCACAAUACUUUGACUUUCUACACUCACGUCAGUCGAGCGAAAAACACGUAUUUGUCAUGACGCGUAUCCAAUUCGAUUCCAAACUCGCUGUGCCACCUGUCGAUCGCUCCAGAAAGGCAGGGGCCGUCUAUCCCAGAGUCGCUCAGAUCAAAGGGGAGUCAGACAGGAAGGACUUCGAAGAUCUUUAUUGGGGUAGGCCGACACUGUCAUCUGUGUCGAUGCUGAAAAAGCUUGAAGUUGGAGAGCACCCAACGAUAAGGACCGACACUGCGAGCAGCUUCUCAAUUCAGAUCCCAAUCAAGGAGCUCGCUGCUGCCGCUAGCAAGGUCACUAGUGCCAUGCCUACACGUGCGCAUCUCGUCCCGAAUGACGCACCAAGGAAGCCACAGAAUCUCCUCUCACUCGACGAGCUAUCGCUCACGCCACCGCUGUCGCGGUCAACACCCUCUUCGACUGCUGGAUCCUCAGAAUGUUCGGAGGUUGUUACACCCACGGAGGAGUACAACCGAGAAUUGCCUUUUCUUCAUAGCCAAACUAGUCUCUGA